AUGGGUGUCGGCUGUCUGACAAGUAAGCUUAUUCAUUUUUUCAGCCUAACAGUGGUCACUCCAAAAGGUGACAUCACAGGAGGGCCAUACACGGCAGUGGUGACGCCGGCAAGAAAACAUCUAAUUCUUCCGGAGAAGAUAUACCGAAAAGUAAUGAUCAAUCUGCAUGCAAAAAAAGGCGAAACGAUUGUGAAAUGCAAAUAUGGUGAUGCGACACCACAUUUGGGAAUGGUUAUUAACGGUGAAUUACUACUUAUUCCUAGCAGCAACUGGCUUUUGCCUCUUUCGGUGAGCAUUUCUAUUUUCCAGUAA